UUUAAUUUAAUUUAAUUGAAAAAGAAAAAAAGAAGAAAUCCUAUUUCUAAAUAUUUCCUUCACCUUCACAAACGGAGGAAACCACAGAAGGCGGACGGCAAGUUAACCUGCCGUCUAAUUGGCCGAGCUGCUGGUAAUCAGUUCCGUUCCGUUACCACUUCCGUCAUUUUCUACUCCCCUCUAUAUUUCCGCCCCCAUUUCUUCUCUCUCAGCUCCUCUUCAAAUUUUAGCUCUUUCGUCGCUCUUCAUCGGUUGAGCUAAAGCUAACGAGUUUCAGAAUAUCCAUGUAGAAGUAUUUGCUCUUUCUGACAUAGAAGGAGUGAUGGACGUUGCAUGUAGCUUAUCUCGGUCGAAUGUGCUUUACGGGGGUGAAGUUGCUGGUUGCAAGGGAAUUGGAGGAGUGAAUUCAGCAAGUUUGAAAUAUGGACGUCUCCAUUGUAAACCUUUUGGAGGUUCAAGACUUUCCUCUAAAUUAAAUUCACAAAAGAAGUUGAAGAAGAACAAUACGCACAGUGUUAGUUCCGCUAGUCCACGGAUUGCGAAUGAAGGCAAUUUCUGGCUGUGGUGCUAUGGUUCAAAUGGUUCAUCCUUUUACAACUCUGGCAGUACUUUUAAAAUUUCAAAGCAUGUGGGUCUGACACAGUGUCAGUCAAACGAGUCAGUAGCUUAUGUAAAUGGAAAUGGCAGAGAUGCAGAAAUCAUUGAGACUGGUGAGAGUGAGACUAGCCUAGGGUCUAAUACCUCUGGGGAAAGAUCAGGGGAGGGAGAAGGAUUUUCUGUUCCUGGUUUGGAUGAAUUGAGGGAAACUUUGCAGAAGGCACUAAAGGAUCUAGAAGAUUCACGGCUGAGCAGUACUAAGUUUGAGGAACAAGCUCAGAGAAUAUCUGAAGCUGCUAUAGCUUUGAAGGAUGAAGCUGAAAAUGCUUGGGAUGAUGUAAAUAAUGCCCUUAGCAAUGUCCAAGAAAUUGUGAAUGAAGAGGCUAUUGCCCACGACAUUGUUCAGAAAGCGACUUUGGCCCUUUCUUUCGCUGAGGCAAGAAUGCAAGUGGCUGUUGAUGCACUGAAAAUUGCAAAAGAAAAGAGUGAAUCUUCUAAAGAAAGUGAUCCGGGGUCUGAAAGUGGAAAGGAAGAAUUAGUUGAAGAGGAUGAUGGACUCUUGGCUGCUCAGCUGGACAUAAAAGAAUGUCAAGAUGAGUUAGCAAAUUGUGAAGCUGAGCUAAAAAGGAUCCAAAGCAGAAAAGAAGAAUUGCAGAAAGAAGUGGACAGGUUGAAUGAAGUUGCGGAACAAGCACAGAUUAAAGUUUCUAAAGCAGAGGAAGAUGUGGCAAACAUAAUGCUUUUGGCAGAACAGGCUGUUGCUUACGAACUCGAGGCUGCCCAGCGUGUUGAUGAUGCGGCUAUCGCACUACAGAAGGCAGAGAAGAAACUUGACCUUUCUAGCAUUGAUCCUGUAGAUUCGUCAGUCGAGGGAACUGUCACUGAAGAUGAUGUUGUUGUUGUGAAAGACUUGGAAAUUUCAGCUGAGGUUGCAGAGUUACUUGAACCUUUUCCAGAUGUCCAGCUGGAGGAAUCAAGUUUCUCGGAUGAGAGUGACAAAGAGAACGGGAAGGUAGCUGUGGAGUUAUUGAAGGAUAGUGAAGCAGAUGCAGAGAAGUUAAAAACUAUUCAAACUAAGGUGAAUGAAAUGCAGAAGGAGGCGACAAGGGAGAGUAUACUUAGUUCUCCAAAAGCAUUAGUGAAGAAAUCAUCCCGGUUCUUUUCUGCUUCUUUCUUCUCUUCUAAUGCAGAUGAGGAAGAGUUCACACCAACUUCAGUUUUUCAUGGUCUUUUGGAGUCUGCAAAAAAGCAAUUGCCUAAGCUGGUGCUUGGGUCAUUACUUGUAGGAGCCGGAUUUGCCUUCUACGUGAAGGGGGGUGAAAAGUUUGUUCAGCUAUUUCAACAGCCAGACAUCAUCACCACUAGUAUUGAUGAAGUAUCAACUACUGCAAGGCCUCUGGUCAGACAAAUAAGAAAUCUGCCUGUGAAAAUGAAGAAACUCAUGGAGAUGAUUCCUCAUCAAGAGAUAAAUGAAGAGGAAGCUUCCCUCUUCGACAUGGUGUGGUUACUGCUUGCAAGUGUAAUAUUUGUGCCUAUUUUCCAGAAAAUUCCUGGAGGCAGCCCUGUUCUUGGAUAUUUGGCUGCUGGAAUUUUAAUUGGACCGUAUGGUCUAUCUAUUAUUCGCAAUGUACAUGCAACUAAGGCAAUUGCUGAAUUUGGGGUUGUCUUCUUGCUAUUUAAUAUUGGUCUGGAGCUCUCUGUUGAAAGACUAAGUUCCAUGAAGAAAUAUGUUUUUGGAUUGGGCUCCGCUCAGGUCUUGGUGACCGCCGUGUCUGUUGGCUUGAUUGCUCAUUAUGUUGCUGGGGUGGCCGGUCCUGCUGCAAUUGUUAUAGGGAAUGGCCUUGCAUUAUCUUCAACUGCUGUCGUCCUUCAGGUAUUGCAGGAACGUGGUGAGAGCACUUCACGCCACGGGCGCGCUACAUUUUCUGUAUUACUCUUCCAGGAUUUGGCUGUGGUUGUGUUGCUUAUACUGAUACCCCUUAUUUCACCUAGUUCAUCCAAAGGAGGGGUAGGAUUCCAAGCCAUUGCUGAAGCUCUUGGAUUGGCUGCUGUGAAGGCAGUUGUUGCCAUCUCAGCCAUAAUUGCAGGAGGGCGCUUGCUGCUUCGCCCAAUUUAUAAGCAAAUUGCUGAGAAUAAAAAUGCAGAAAUAUUUUCUGCAAAUACUCUUCUUGUUAUCUUAGGAACUAGCCUCCUAACUGCCAGGGCUGGCCUUUCCAUGGCAUUGGGAGCUUUUUUGGCUGGUUUGCUCCUAGCAGAAACCGAAUUUUCGUUGCAGGUUGAAUCUGAUAUUGCUCCAUACCGUGGCCUUUUAUUGGGUCUAUUCUUCAUGACGGUCGGAAUGUCCAUUGAUCCAAAACUUCUAGGCUCAAAUUUCCGAGUUAUUGCAGGAACAUUAGGACUUCUAAUUGCUGGCAAGACCCUCUUGGUUGUUCUCGUUGGCAAAUUUUUUGGUGUUUCAGUGAUAUCAGCGAUAAGAGUUGGUCUUCUUCUUGCACCCGGUGGAGAAUUUGCUUUUGUAGCUUUUGGUGAAGCUGUUAGCCAGGGUAUAAUGUCCUCACAGUUGUCGUCACUGCUUUUUCUUGUGGUUGGAAUCUCAAUGGCCAUCACCCCAUGGUUAGCUGCUGGAGGCCAAUUGAUAGCAUCUCGGUUUGAUCUGCACGAUGUCCGAAGUCUAUUACCUGUUGAAAGUGAGACUGAUGAUUUGCAAGAUCAUAUAAUCAUUUGUGGUUUUGGACGUGUUGGCCAGAUUAUUGCUCAGCUUCUUUCUGAACGACUGAUUCCAUUUGUUGCACUUGAUGUUAGGAGUGAUCGAGUUGCAGUUGGACGUGCACUUGACCUUCCUGUGUACUUUGGCGAUGCUGGUAGUCGAGAGGUCCUCCAUAAAGUUGGUGCUGGAAGAGCAUCUGCAGCAGCAAUAACUUUAGAUAGCCCUGGAGCUAAUUACAGAACUGUUUGGGCUCUGAGCAAGUACUUCCCCAAUGUUAAAACAUUUGUCCGUGCCCAUGAUGUUGAUCAUGGACUCAAUUUAGAGAAAGCUGGGGCCACAGCGGUUGUUCCUGAGACUUUGGAGCCUAGUUUGCAAUUAGCAGCUGCUGUCCUUGCACAAGCUAAAUUGCCUACAGCAGAGAUAGCGGCUACGAUCAAUGAGUUUAGAUCACGUCACCUCUCUGAGCUUACAGAGCUCUGUGAGGCAAGUGGAAGCUCUCUCGGUUAUGGCUAUUCUCGAAUCAUGACUAAACCUAAACCUCCGCCUUCGGACUCUUCCUCGGAUGAGAACCAAUUGUCUGAAGGAACCCUUGCAAUAUGACUCUUUUAGCCUUUAAACGUAAGUAGAAAAAAAGUGGGGUUUUUGUUUUCCCUUGAAAGGGAAGUGAACUACAUGAAAGAUUGUAUAGCAUUUUUACCCAAUUGGUAAAAAAAUGUACAGAGAUACAGCAGUAUGCUGAAAAGACUCAUGGAAGAAUGAUGAAACAGUUACGCUGUUUUGUUCCAUCGAUUUUGAUGCUAGAACCUUUUUUUUUUUCGAUAUAUCUAACGAGGACUUUGCUUUAAGAAAUAGGUGGUUUUUCGGUUGA